GCAAAACACGAAAGGUAGCCUCAGGCUACCUGAGUUCUCCUUGCUUUAGCAAAAAUGUACAAUCUGGAGUUGGGAUUAUGUAUUGAGUUGGGAUUAUACAAAUUCAUCAUCCAGACCGCCUCCAAACUAAGAGCAAUGGCCUCCAACAUCACCCAGAUCCAUCUUUAAGUCUUUUGAGUUCAACAUCACGUUGAUUGAGAACGCCCCUGCUUCGACCCCCCACGGCUUGGCCUUGACGAACAAGCACUUGUUCCAGACGUCCAUGUCGCACCGAUAAAGAGAAGUCGGAGCAGACGUUUGGGGGAGUUCGGGACUCCAAGACGUCUUCAGGUGAAAGGAUCGACGGAAGGUCCGGAUGAGUUCUCUUUUGGGUUGGAGGUCUUUGCUAGGUCCGAAUGGUUUGCCAAGGCCAACCCUCCGCUCAACUCUUCGCCUUUCUUCGGCUCAAGCGCAUUUUUCACCGCUCUUUGGGUCGUCCUUUGUCGUGCCAGUCCCGCUCAGAAGAUGUCGAAGCAGUUCGCUCUGCUGAGUGCCCUGGCAGUGCUCACCUACCUCAGCGUGAGCUUCGUGGCCCCGGUGCAUCCCAGUCCCUCCUCCACGGUGUCCGUUUCCUCCACGGCCACGGCCACGGGGGCCACCGCGCCGCAAGGGGAGUGGAAGGGCUCGGAGUUCGCAGGCUCUGUGUAUGGCGUUGCACUUGUGGCCACAGCGGCUGGGGUCUUGAAAGUCUUGGCCCGUCCCAAGCGCUCCAAGAUUGCCGCCCGAUCUGCAGCCUUUCAAGCUUCUGCUGGCUCCGUGACCAUGGAGGAGGUGAAGGGCGCCCAGCGAGCCUGGGCAGAUGCCAUCAAGAGGAUUUCCAAAUGCUACUUGGAAGGUGGGGACUAUGUGGCAAUGGCGGGUCAAGCCGCUGGUGAACUCUACGGCUAUGGCCAUGGGAAGGUGCUCUUCAAGCCAACCAAAGCUGCGGAUGUCCAGUUCCGCCCCGAGGCAGGCCAGGCCAUGUCCUACUUUGUCGGAGCUGAUGCCGUGCCUGAUGGAAUUCCUGAAGAUCAUGGCUUUGCAAUCAACGGUGGACAGGGUUGGUCAGAUGUGCUCUUUGACAACCACCAGAUCGACUUGAACGGGGAUGUUGCCAUUGCUAUGGGCAACUACUUCUUUGCCAGCGCCAAGGAUGGAAGCAUCAGCAAGGUGGAGUACACCUUUGGCUACAGGAAAUGCCAAGAUGGAAAGGUUCGCAUUUGUCUCCACCACUCGUCUAUUCCAUAUCAGGGAGGUGUGAAGGCCGCACCUGCCGCGACAGGCUCCGAGGGCUUUGCCGCCCCGGCUCCUGCCCCGGCAGCUUCUGCUCCCGUGCCGGUGGCGGCUGCCUUUGUGGGAUCCUCCGCUCAGAGUGGCGCCCCUGUGCACCAUUCCGUCGGCUUCGCCUAUUCCGUGCAGAAGGAUGCCUAUGUGGACUUGACUUUUGGCAAUGAUGUUGGCUACUUGCCAGAUGGAACACCCAUGAAUCGCGCGGGCAACUGCAUCAAUCAUCCGGAGACCAUUGGACCAGACCCUCAUGCUCCAGGCUCCGUCCUGCCCCGUGCUUUGUUCGUGAAUGACGUGGGGUACUUGCCGGACGGCACUCCUUUGAACACCGCAGGAAACAACAUCAACCAUCCGGAGAACAUUGGACCCGAUCCUCAUGCUCCUGGUAGCGAAUUGCCCGCCUCAGCCUACGCUGCGGACGUGGGAUAUUUGGUGGAUGGCACACCCAUCGACAAAGCCGGCAACAACACCGUGCACUAAGCCAUCUCCAUGGUCUCCGCGCACUGUUGCUGUCGCACAGUGACACAGUGCACGACGACCCAGCCGACUAUUUAUAUAAGGUAGCAGAGCUAGGCUCACCUCAUUGCUGCCGAGAUUUGCUCCACUUCUUUGAUUUGUUUGCAUUCAAGAAGCCACAGGUGGAGCAGAAUAAAAUAUUAAUCAUACCAAAUCACUGUUAUGUGCAUACAGUUG